AUGGGCUCCAGUCCGCCCAACAACCAGUCGCUGUCGGGCCUGUCCACCUCCGAGAACCCCUCAUCGUCCGCGCGGGGCCCCCUCGCAGGAGGAAAGCAGAUCACCCGAAAUCGGGCGAGCUACAGCUGUCACACAUGUCGCCGCCGGAAGGUGCAUCCGAUUUGCAGUAAUUGCGCCAAGACCGGAGCCGAAUGUCUAUAUGAUAACUCGUCGCAAAAGCGGGAAGAUGAUCGAAGUGCGACCGGACGAAGUGGCCAGGGAGUGAAACGAAGGAGAGAGACGCAGCAAACGUGGGAGGAAGAUGUUAAUGAGUUACAAUCGAUAUAUGGACAUUUGGCGCAUGACGAAGCCGAGGCUGGUCAAAAACCCGACCCACGAACGAUUGAACAUCGAUUGGAGAAGUUGAUGUCAAUGGUGGAACGGUUGGGUGGUGCAAAAAGUUCCGUUGAAGCAAUCAAUAAGAGCUCUGCGACACCAAAUGCCGCAGUCGAAUCAGCUCUAUUGGAAGAUUUACGCCGGCCUAAUUCUCGUAACGGGAGAGGACCACUUUCACGGCCCUCGAGUCCACGUCGCAAUGCGACAGAGUCAAGUGGCGAUGAGUUUCCAAUUCCCUCGGGCCAAGAAGGCGAUCUUAUCGAUCCCAUUGGGAGCCUUAAUUUAGGCCACUUGAGCUUACAAGAUAAUGGAAGAUCGAGAUAUGUCGGAACAACAUACUGGGCCUACAUUUCUCAUGAGAUAAAUGAUCUUAAUCAAUUACUGAAAGACCAAAAUAGAGCCCCUAAUCAAUCCCCGUCCGAUACAACGAACGACGAUUCCAAUGACCGUAUGUCUACCGGUCCCAGAUCAAUCGACAGUCCAAUCCCAUCAACCCCAUCGAAGCCCCGGGGCGGGUCAUUCCAACACUCAGUCAUUUUCCCGACUGGCGAUUCCCCAUCUGGAACGGACAGGCUUGUAGAGCCAGAAAUGCUUGAGCAUGUCCCAACAAAACGACAAAGUCAAAUCCUUUACAAGGGAUUUAUGUCCGGUAUUCAUGCUAUCAGUCCAAUCAUCCACCCUCCUACCAUCUUAACUCACUAUAAAGAGUUUUGGCAUUGGUAUGACUACAGUAGUUACUCUGGAGAAUCGUGCCCAUGUCCAUCAUUCGUACCUCUACUCUAUGCAAUAUGGUACGGCGGUUCUGUAACCAUUUCGAUUCGCACAAUCAAGGCUGAAUUCGACGCAUCAUCUCGGUUUACGCUCUCCACACUUUACAGUGAAGAGGUGACUCGAUGGUUGACGAAGAUAUCCUUCCCUCGAAACCCAUCUUUACAAGGGCUUUCGGCCUAUCUUAUCGUUCAAACAAUCCUGUCGAAGGAAGAGGAACCCUUAACCAGCAGUCUAUUCGUCAGCCUCGCAAUGCGAGUAGCACAGACUAUGGGACUUCACAGAGAUCCCGCAAAAUUUGGGGUUGAACCAUCCGAGGCGGAAUAUCGACGCCGACUCUGGUGGCAUAUUAUGCAUAUGGAUGGUGUUGUCGCUAUGUCUAGCGGUCUUCCUCCGUUAGUCAGUGAUGAGAAUUACUGGGACGUGCGUGAAACGAGUGAAGUGAAAGACACAUUGCUUGGAUCUCCAGCAGCGGAGCGUUAUGAGCAAAUGGUCACAUCGAAACAGCGACUUCCAGAUAAUCCUGACGGUCCUUCUGUGUGCGGUGGACCGUCAAUGGUCAACGUCUUCUAUUUGACAGCACGGGGCAAGUAUAUCAUGGCGCGUGCCGUUCGUCGAAUCUUGCGCAUUCAAUUGGGCAUAAAACCAGUCACUAGAAGAGACAUGGAAGAGCUACGAACGAUUCUUCUUGACCUUCAAGUAAAGCUAAACUCCAUCAUCAAGCGAAUUCCUGAUGGCAACCCAGAGCAAACAUCUGGUGCAAUUAAUCGCGCAUCGUCCAUGUCCAAAUCGCCAAUGGAGGUACCACUCAAAGAAGGAGAGCUUCCAGAUGAAGGACAAGGUGGAUGCGCUGAACAAUACCAUUCCCCAGUUCUUGUUUCUUUCCACAAAUGGGCGAAGAUUAUUCUGUCGCUGUAUAUCGACAAAGCGUUCUGCGUUGCCUAUCAACCUUUCCUGAAAAAUGCUCGUAGUAAAAUUUGGCCCAAUGCCAGACAAAGUGCCCUUCGUCAUUGUCACGGAUUUAUGGAAAAGUUUAUCCAACUAGCCACAGAUCCAGAUUUCCAGCCAUUUCACUGGAGCUGGCCAGGAAAUCACCAACCUAUGCACGCGACAAUGAUUAUGCUUAUCGAUUUAUACGAGCGACCAUAUAGCCCCGAGGCAUCGAGAUCACGGGCUUUUAUAGACCGGGUUCUUGCUCUUUCCGGUCCAGACGGAGGUGUUGUAGGCGGCGAGGAUGGCAUCUCGCUCCAGCGACCACUCAAAGAUGGUGGCCGCGAAGCUUGGGAUAUGAUCCGUCGCUUACGCCAGAAAGCCUGGCAAAAAGCCGGUCUAAACCCACGAAUGCUUUGGACCGAGCAAGAUCAAAUUCAAGCAGGUAUUGCUUCACCAGCAGCAGAUCUAAAUGGUUCGAAGGCCUCAUUAGCAGGAUCUCCCUCCGUCUCAACAUCAAGCCAGCCUUCUAUCCCCGAUCGCCAGGUAAACGACUUCAACCGGAUGUUCUACACCAUGACACGCUCUCAGAUUAUACCUACCUCUACCACGCACACAGGAGCAAUCAAGCCUAGUCCACUACGACACGCACAGCAAUCCCCGGCACCAAGACCUCGCCCAACUGACCCUACAGAUGGUAAAUCUAAUUUCGCAUCUCCAUCUAUCAAUUCAUCAUCUCCAGAAGUAGUCUCUUCUCGAGACACACCACCUUCCGUCAAUUCCUCCACCUCCGCCUCCGCAUCUCGAUCACGAGCACAACACCCUCGCCAGCCAAUACCCAGCACAACCAAUUCUCCACAGAUGCCAUUUAUGGAUUCUAUAGCACCAGAUUUAGCACCAAUGGGAUUUCCCACCCCACCUUCAAUGGUCGAUCCGAAUCUCAAUUUCGACUGGGAUCAAUGGGAUGCUGUAUUUGGACAACAUUUACCAGUUUCCGACGAGCUUAUGGAAUUGGAUUCUGGAUCUGGAUUGGAAUUUACAAAUUUUGGAGUCCCAACUUUCAAUCUUGGUAAUGACCUCGACGCCACUGGGAUGUCUACUGGGGACUUUCUGUCGGGCUGGGCGGAGAACCCAUCCACGAAUGAGAAUUCAACUAAUGAGUGGAAUGGACAUCGUUGA